AUGAGGUUUAGGGUAAGCGACACAUAUCAAGUUAAUCAUGGCUGAUUUACCUACAAACAUAUUGUCACUGCCCUCUGGUGCCAUACGAAAAUGCUUCACUCCACUAGAAAACAACCCAGAAAUCAUGUCGGGCUUGAGUUGGCGCCUAGGCCUCUCUCGAACAGUUAAAUUCAUCGACAUUUAUAGUAUUGAUGAAUCUGAAAUAAUCGCAAUGAUACCAAGACCCUGCUACGGUUUAUUGCUUGUCUUUCCAGUUAAUAAAGCCUCCGAAACUUUUCGUACCCAAGAAGAUAAGACUUUGGAUGCUUAUGAUGGAUUUGGCGAGGAGGAGGUAAUAUGGUUCCAGCAAACCAUAGGGACUGGCUGUGGUAUUAUCGCACUCUUGCACUGUUUGCUCAAUGGCAAAGCUCGCUCCUUUGUUGGAGUUGAGUCGGAUCUUGGGAAACUAUACCAGGAGAUCUUACCCAUGCAACCUCUGCAACGUGCAAAUGCGCUGUGCAGUAGCCACGCUCUCGAAAUAGCCAAUGAACUCGCCGCGCGCGAAGGACAAAGCGAGGUUGUUGCCGCAAAUACACCGAUGGACUUGCAUUUUGUUUGUUUCACAAAAUCAGGGACUGGCAAUCUCUGGGAGCUUGAUGGUCGAAGAAAAGGCCCACUUAUUAGAGGACGAUUGAGAGCAGAUGAAGAUGUUCUUGAUGAAACAGCCCUUAAUAUGGGGAUACGGUCGUUUCUCAAGAGAGAGGCGGAGAGUGGCUGCCAAGAUUUGAGGUUCAGUCUUAUUGGAUUGGUGCCAGCCUCCUAGAUUAAAGGCUCAAGUAGAGAGCUUUGAAGGUAAUUGCAAG